AUGGCGAUUCUUUCAGAGGACCAUCACGGUCUCCGACUUCCUAAUCCCCCACCACUGCUGCACACACGUGGUCAAUUUGAUCGCCCUUCCACACCCGCCGAUGCCUUCACCAGUCCCCCACAAACCCCCCAGGGGAGCCCGAGCAAGUCGCGACCACCCCCGGGCGCAGUCGACUUGCCCAAUGUCUUCGACAAGGCCAUGAAGCUGGCACCCACGUCUACCUCGAAAGCAACCUAUAAUCACUACAAUCACCCCAUGUUCUCGGCCGGCAAGGAGGAUUUCAACGAGAAUCUGGUCCUCCAAACCCCUUCCAGCCCAACGCGCAGAUCCAACAAGGAAAACACGCCCCCAAACCAAACGCGCCUAACGAAGGAGUUGGGCUCGACCCCGACCGCCGCAGCCCUGUCACGCCAGGAGCCAUACCAACCACGCGAUGAGACGACCAAACGCCAAGUCCAGAUGCGCGGCCUGACACCGGAGGAAAUGGAGAAACUAGCACAACCCAAAGUCAAGCGCCUCGUCAAUGUCACCCAACUCUACUUCCUCGACCAUUACUUCGAUCUCCUUAGCUACGUCCACAAUCGCCAAAGCCGUCACUCACAAUUCAGAGCUGCCUACCCAGACCCUCCCGCUACCCCUGACGAAGAGCAUGAGCCUGCCCUCUUAAAAUAUCUCGGUCGCGAACGUGCACAUCUCCGAAAACGUCGCACGCGUCUCCGCCAGGGUGACUUUCAGAUUCUCACUCAGGUCGGUCAGGGUGGAUAUGGACAGGUGUAUCUGGCACAGAAAAAGGACACGCGGGAAGUCUGUGCUUUGAAGGUUAUGAGCAAGAAGCUACUUUUCAAGCUGGAUGAGAUUCGCCACAUUCUAACUGAGCGUGAUAUUCUGACUGCGGCAAAGAGCGAGUGGCUCGUCAAACUGCUUUAUGCCUUCCAGGAUGACAACCAAAUCUACCUGGCUAUGGAGUAUGUUCCUGGUGGAGACUUCCGCACUCUGCUGAAUAACACCGGGGUACUCCAUAAUCGCCAUGCACGCUUUUACAUUGCUGAGAUGUUCAGCUGCAUUGAUGCAUUACAUGUACUCGGGUACAUUCAUCGUGACUUGAAGCCUGAGAAUUUCCUGAUCGAUUCCACGGGUCAUGUCAAAUUGACCGAUUUCGGUCUGGCGGCUGGUAUGCUGAGUCCGGGCAAGAUCGAAUCUAUGCGAGUUAAGCUUGAGGAGGUCGGAAACACGCCUGUUCCCUUCGGUAGGCCGAUGGAGCAACGUACCAUGGCCGAACGACGACAAGGAUACCAGUCACUGCGCCAGCGUGAAGUGAACUACGCCAAAUCGAUCGUCGGUUCCCCAGACUACAUGGCACCAGAAGUGCUCAAGGGCGACCAAUAUGAUUUCACAGUGGAUUACUGGAGCUUGGGAUGCAUGUUGUUCGAGGCAUUGGCUGGCUACCCGCCCUUUGCUGGUGCCACUGUCGAGGAGACAUGGCAGAACUUGAAGCGCUGGCAAAAAGUGUUGCGGAAGCCUGUUUACGAGGAUCCCAACUACUUCCUCUCACGGCGGACAUGGGAUCUUAUCACGAAACUGGUUGCCGGGAAGGAGCAGCGGUUCAAGAACAUCAAGGAGAUUCACGCACAUGACUAUUUCGCCGAGGUCGACUUCGGCAACCUGCGUGAGCAACGCGCUCCUUUCGUCCCUGAGCUUGAUUCCGAGACCGAUGCUGGUUACUUCGACGACUUCAGCAAUGAAGCCGAUAUGGCCAAGUACAAGGAGGUCCAUGACAAGCAGCGCGCGCUGGAGGACAUGGCUGAUCGUGAUGAUAAGAUGGGCAAAGGAUUGUUCGUCGGUUUCACUUUCCGUCAUCGCAAACCUGCUAGCGACAGCAACGGCCGCAGCAGCUCCCCACGCAAACCGAUCCCGACAGACGGUACCUUCGGGACAAUGUUCUAG